CCGCACGCCCGAAGCCGCCACCCCCCGCCCUCCCCCGCCGAGCCCAAGAGAGAAUCGGAGACCACGGCCCGGCCAGCUCCUCCCCGACCCCGCGCCCUCCUCGCUACUACAUGGCAGCUCCGCGUCUCCACGGCCAAUCCGACUCCGAGACCCUCAAGAACAACCCCUGCUUCUGCUUCUGCUUCUCCUGCCCCUGUCCUCAGCCGCGCGCCGCGCAUCUCGAUUCCGCCGCCGCCGCUGCCCCCGCCCGCGCCCGCUCCUGAUUGGGCCCUCGCGUGCGCCGCGUCCUGACUCCUGACCGACUGUCGCUGCGCGGGUUCUUGCGCGGUGCCGGUGGUUUCUUGCUGCGAUUCUUCCUAGGACGCCGUCCGUUUCUUGAUUCCGGUUUCUUGCUGCCGCGCGGCCUCGCCAUGGGGAGGAGCAAGAAGAGCAAGGCCCGCGGCGCCGGAGGGGACGACCUUCUGGACAGCAGCGACGCCGACAGCGUGGGCUCGUCGUCCACCGCGCUCUCAGAUCUCUCCAUCUCGUACGCCACCGAGAACGUCAACUCGCACGAGUUUGUUCUCGACAAGUACAUCGACGCUCUCUACGAGAAGAGGGGGUCUACAAGAGAGGCAGCGUUGGCUUCGUUGGUUGAUGCUUUCGAAAGUUUUAUGCUUGGUGGUCUUGUUGAGAACAAAUAUGCCACUCUACUGAGUCUAUUCAAUACUUCGAUCAAGAAGGGAUCUACCAAGGAGGCUUGCCUGGCAUCUCGCGCCAUUGGGCUACUGUCUAUUACACUUGGUGCUGGCAGUAGCUCACAUGAAACAAUGGUAGAAUCACAUCCACAGCUUUCUAAGGUCCUUCAAACCUGGUCGGAUGCUUCAAAGAUGAUCUCUGCUCUUGACUGCUUGGCCGUCGUCACAUUUGUUGGUGCAACUGAUCUGGCUGAAACAGAGGUAUCUUUGAAAGCCAUGUGGGAUGUGAUUCAUCCAAAAUCAGGUUCAAAUGUCGGUACUGUCCGGAAACCAAGGCCACCUGUGUUAGCAGCUGCUCUAUCUGCAUGGACUUUUCUGCUAACAACUAUUGGUUCAUGGCGGAUAAACACUGAUAGCUGGAAGGAGCCAAUUGCGUUUCUCUCUACUCUUCUAGGAGCAGAGGAUCGUGCUGUUCGGAUGGCUGCUGGUGAAGCAUUAGCUUUGUGCUUUGAGUUAAAUCUACUUGAUAUCUCCCCUUCUGAAGAUGCUGAUGAUGACACUGGAGUACCUGGUAGCUCUAAGGGCAAACUUUUCCUGGACAUGCAAGCAUUGAAAGCCAAGAUAGCCGGUCUUGCCUCAAAUCUCUCUGCAGAGGCAGGGGGCAAAGGUGCAGACAAGAAAAAUCUUUCUGACCAAAGAGAUCUGUUUCAACGGAUUUUGGAUUUUGUCAAGUAUGGCAAGUGCCCUGAAGAAUCAAUGAAGAUUGCUGGAAAACGUGAUGUUUUAAGGGUUGCAUCAUGGUCUGAAUUGAUUCAGUUAAACUUCUUCAAACGAUUCCUUGGGAGAGGCUUCCUGAAGCAUGUGCAGGACAAUGGACUUCUUCAAGAUAUCUUCAACAUCAAGGCUGACAAGGCUGAAACGCUGUCAUCGAAUGACAAGAUUCCUGAACUUGAGAAAUUGCAAAAACACCUGCAGAAGAUCUUUAGAUCUGGAGAAGAGAAAGGAAGAGCUCUGAAGCUGAACAAGGAUCGUCGUUUAGCACAGGAGAGGAAGAACGCUGGCAUGUUUGACGAGUAACAAGAAAGGAAACAAAACCUCAUCGGACCGUCAUUGUACUCCUUUUGAGCUGGAAUUUAUUUAUAUCUGUGUGAACAACUACAUGCAGAAUGUCCUAGAGUUUGCUCUCCUUGACUGUCGUCUAAUUAUGAUUAUGAUGGCUUGCUGUACUUGAGAAAUACUUGGCCGAAAUGAUUACUGCUGUUAUUAUAAUGUCCCAUGUGCGUUUACUUGUGAA